GUCGUGCCCGAGCGCGGCUGUCGAGUCAGGGGCUCGGUGGGGAGAGAGAGGCCGCUGCCGCCCCUCCCGUUGCGAUGGGAUGGAAAGCGCCGGGUGCCCCUCGGGGCGCCUUUUGGCAGGGCCCUGGGGAGGCUGACGGACUGACUGGGAGGAGGCUUUCUAUAGGGUGGGUUGGGGGUCUCCGCAUCGCCGGCCUCGGACGUCGGCAUUACCUGUAUUAAAUCUUCGUUACCACUCGUGGAUGCUUGCUUACUGAAUUAACUUUAACUUCAGGAAUGCUAUUUUCUGUACAGAGAGCUGGGGGAGGGAAAUCCUUAGCAGUCUUGAUGAGUAUCUCCUUACCUACGAAAUAAAUACUGUUGUCAUUUUCACGAAGCUCCACAAUGCUGCUUUUUUUUUGCUAAAUGAUGAAGAGGGCAUUUUCCGCUUUUGAGCUGGUGAUGGAAGAGGUGCGUGCAUUUUUUGGCUAUGGGCUCCAGCAACACAGCACGAGGAAAUGCAAUGCCCUCUGACCUUUCUUAGUUUCACACUUUCAUUUUCCAGCUCCAGUAGUAAGUAAAAUGAAAUUGUUGGUCUUCACUCCCAUUGCACUGAGGAUUCAAACAGUGAUGUGCUUAAGUAGCGUGUAUUAUCUGUCUACAAGCAGCUGCUUGGUCAUCAGUAGGUGAAGAUAAGUUUUCAUGGAUUUGUGAUCAAUGAGGAUAUAGUGUACGUACGUUAAUGUCAAGCCACAUCCCUAUCCAAGCCCAUGUGGCAUCUUUCAUGAAGGCAUUAGAUGUUUACCCAUACACCUUGCAAGAUCCCAUUAGAAAAAAGAAUUGGGUGGGAAUGGCUUGCCUAGCUUAACCCACCCUUCAACAGCCACGUAACAACUGUGUAGUGCCAAGGUCUCUACUAACAACCAUCUAUUGUAUAAACAUGUGCAAUGCCAGGUACGUGGAGUUUUGUCAUGGCAAAAAUAUGCUGCUGCGUCUAUUAACUGGUUAUUCGGAUACUAGUUUUGUUAAAAGGAAGAGCUGCAAAAGGCAUAGUAGUAAUUCUGACACUUGAUAACAUCACAUAAGUGACUUCUUUAAAAUGUUAUUGAAAGUAAUGUAGUUGUUUGGUCCAAGUCGACUUUUUUUUUUUUUUUUUUUUUCUGGUGAAGUGUACUUUUAGUUUUAAAUCAGUAAUUUUUGUCAGUCAUUCUUACACUUUCAGGAAAGUCACAGAUCUAAAACCGCAGCCAGAUCCACAAAUUGACAGAGGCUGUUGGUUGUUAUGGCCUUGUCUUGGCUAUCAAAUAUUAUAGCAAGUAUAUCUCUCGUGUUUGUACUGUCUGCUCCUUUUUCUGUCUGAAUGGCUUAGAAUACAGCCUUUUUAGAAAGUGGUGUUCUUCUCACUCUAGAAGUGUAUUUUAUAGAGGGUAGUAUUGUUCAGUUUGCAUGGGGUCUUAAAGUUGUGUUUCACAGCGAACAAUACUAUGAAUUAUUGAUCUGUGUCAUUCUGGACUUGUUUAAGCAUUUGUGAAGAACGUUCUGGAAUUCAGAUUUCACAAAGUCUUGCUUUUCUUGCUGAAGUAGAAGUCCAGGGCUAAAAUGAGGCAGAACAUAUAAGAUCUUCAUUUCUAGUUAUGUAUCAGAGCAACAGCCGUAAAAGUGCAAGAAGCAGGAUGUCACCAGAGCCAGUUGUUGUGCUUCCUAGGAUAAGAAAUGGAGUAGUGCUUGUAUUGGGUUUAUUUAUGAAACAGAACUUUCUAAGUAUGUUUUGGGACAGUCUUGAUGCAAAAUAGUAUACUUUUUUUUGAAGUUUGCCUUCAAAUGAGCCUAUUAAAACAGUCUUUAUUUCAUGUUAACAUUCACGGUUAGUGCAAAGCUUUCUCAUUUCUCAGAAGUGAUUUUCUGCCUGCCUGACUCAUUCUGUGGUCUCAUUAUUCAGUGGAUGUCACAUCAGAAGUCAUAUUGGAGAAAAGAUACAGAAGAUGAUGAUGAAAAAUCUCCCUAUCUUGAGAAUGGGGCCUUUUUUUGCAUAGUUCCAACUUAAUUGUGGAACUUGCCAUCAAAGGAUAAUCUUUUCUUCCUGGGUCGUGAGAGAUUAUUAACUAUUUGUGUUCAAUGGGACGACGAAUUCACUUUGUGGUUGACCCCCAGGGUUGGUGCUGCAUGGGCCUGAUUAUCUUUGUCUGGCUGUACAAUACAAUCUUCAUUCCAAAAGUCAUCCUUUUUCCUCACUAUGAAGAGGGACAUAUUUCAGUUGUGGCAAUUUUGUGUUAUUACUUCUGCUCAUUGUUUUGUAUAGCUUCAUUACUAAGAGCCUCGGUAGCUGAUCCAGGAAAGCUACCUGAAAACCCAAAGAUACCGAUUACAGAACGAGAAUACUGGGAAUUAUGUAACAAAUGCAAUAUGAUGAGACCAAAGCGUUCACACCAUUGCAGUCGUUGUGGACAUUGCGUGAGGAGGAUGGAUCACCACUGUCCAUGGAUUAAUAAUUGUGUUGGUGAAGACAAUCAUUGGCUGUUUUUACAGCUGUGUUUCUACACUCAGAUCCUUAGUUCUUAUACGCUGAUACUUGAUUUCUGCCAUUACUACUACUUUUUGCCUCUGAAGAAGGGAAACUGGGAUGUUUUUGUAUUUAGACAUGAACUUGCUCUCCUAAGAAUAUCUGCCUUCAUGGGUCUGAUAAUAUUAGGUGGAAUAAGUGGACUCUUUUACACUCAGCUAAUGGGUAUUUUCACUCUGCAUCUGAUGAAGGUUGCUGACCGCGUAAUGGCAGGGAAAGCAUCGGACAGCUCCAUAAAAUGGCAGCUAUGCUAUGAUAUGUCAGCCAGGACCUGGUGGAUGGAUGAAUUUCACCCGUUCAUUGAGGCACUUCUUCCACAUGUCCGUGCAAUUGCCUAUACUUGGUUCAACCUUCAGGCUCGAAAACGCAAGUACUUUAAAAAACAUGAGAAAAGAAUGUCAAAGGAUGAGGAAAGAGCAGUCAAGGAUGAGCUACUUAGCGAAAAGCCUGAAAUUAAACAGAAGUGGGCAUCCAGGCUCCUGGCCAAGCUGCGCAAAGAUAUUCGCCAAGAGUUCCGGGAGGAUUUUGUGCUCACGGUGACUGGGAAGAAGCACCCAUGCUGUGUAUUGUCCAAUCCUGACCAGAAGGGUAAGAUUAGGAGAAUCGACUGCCUGCGACAGGCUGACAAAGUCUGGCGUCUGGAUCUAGUCAUGGUGAUCCUGUUCAAAGGCAUCCCCUUGGAAAGUACGGAUGGAGAGCGGCUCAUGAAAUCCCCACAUUGCACAAAUCCAGCACUUUGUGUCCAGCCACAUCACAUAACAGUAUCAGUCAAGGAGCUUGAUUUGUUUUUGGCAUACUACGUGCAGGAGCAAGAUUCUGGACAACCAGGAAGUCCAAGCCACAAUGAUCCUGCCAAGAAUCCACCAGUGUACCUUGAGGACAGUUUCGUAAAAUCCGGAGUGUUCAACGUGUCAGAACUUGUGAGGGUGUCCAGAACACCCAUAACCCAGGGAACUGGAGUGAACUUCCCAAUUGGAGAGCUUCCGAGCCAGCCAUAUUAUCAUGAUAUGAAUUCGGGUGUAAAUCUACAGAGGUCCUUGUCCUCUCCACCAAGCAGCAAAAGACCCAAAACUAUCUCCAUAGAUGAAAAUAUGGAGCCAAGCCCAACAGGAGACUUUUAUCCUUCUCCAAAUUCACCAGCUGCGGGGAGUCGGACAUGGCAUGAAAGAGAGCAAGAUAUGUCUUCUCCUACAAUGAAGAAACCUGAAAAGCCUUUGUUUAGUCCUACUUCUCCCCAGGAUUCUUCACCAAGACUGAGCACUUUUCCCCAGCAUCAUCACCCAGGAAUCCCAGGAGUUGCACACAGUGUCAUCUCAACUAGAACUCCACCUCCACCUUCACCAUUGCCAUUUCCAGCACAAGCUAUUCUCCCUCCUGCCCCAUCUAGCUACUUCUCUCAUCCAACGAUCAGAUAUCCUCCCCACCUGAAUCCUCAGGAUACUCUGAAGAAUUAUGUACCUUCUUACGACCCGUCCAGCCCGCAGACUAGCCAGCCUAACAGCAGUGGUCAAGUAGUAGGGAAAGUGCCUGGCCAUUUUACUCCAGUUUUGGCACCCUCUCCCCAUCACAGUGCGGUGCGACCUGUGACCCUGACCAUGACAGAUACUAAACCCAUCACUACAUCCACUGAAGGUGAGGCAUCUUCACCUACAGCAACCACCUACACAGCCUCAGGCACAUCCCAAGCCAAUCGAUAUGUGGGACUAAGCCCAAGAGACCCAUCCUUCCUACACCAGCAACAGCUGAGGAUUUGUGACUGGACCAUGAAUCAAAACGGCAGGCAUUUAUACCCCAGUGCCAGUGAGGAUACAUUGGGAAUUACUUGGCAAAGUCCUGGUACCUGGGCUAGCUUGGUUCCUUUUCCAGUAUCAAAUAGGUCACCGAUCCUGCCGACAAAUGUCCCAAAUUAUGGUUUGAACAUAAUUGGAGAGCCUUUCCUUCAAGCAGAAACAAGCAACUGAGGGAAAAAAAAACAACCCAAAAGCAAAAUUAAAAAAGAAAAAAAGAAAGGAAGACAGGAUGAGAAAAGAAACUGAAGAAAGAAGAAAAGAUAGACCAGCAAUUGCAGCUCUUACAAUCACUAAUUCCCUUAUGGUUGAAACUGAAAUGACAUACAAAGGGUCGAUGAUAUUUCACUGAUGGGUAGAAUGCAGCCCCUGCUAAGUAGCCUUUGUUAUAUGAAGUCCGCUGGGAAAUAGAUGUUCUGUCUCUGACAAUAUAUUUUAACUGACUUUCUAGAUGCCUUAAUAUUUGCAUGAUAAGCUAGUUUUAUUGGUUUAGUAUUCUUGUUGUUUACGCAUGGGAUCACUAUUCCUGGUUAUCUCACAAAACAAAGGCUAGGCAGCAGCAACAGAGCUGCAGGACAACAAGGGCCGUGAGUCAGCCAUUUUCUCAACACUCUGAUUUCUAAAUGUGUUAAAAAUAAGCUCUGUAGCCUUUAGUUAUCAGUAUGGAUUUAUUAAAGUUUGGCCCUUAAUUCAGCCUUUUCUAUUCUAGUGUGUUAUGCAGUUUGAAAUUUUCAAUCAGUAUAAACACACAGGCUCUAUGGAAGAAAUGCCUCUACGUAGGUAAAAGUGUUAUCUCCUCAUGCAACAGUAAAAAAGAAAAGGAAAAAAGUGAACAUUUUCCCCAUUAAAGAAACACUUACAGAGGCAAGUGCAAUUUAAAAAUCAUAUCUAAGGGGUCAUCACUAUAAGUCCUUCAGCCCUUGGACUCUAAAUUGAGGGGAUUAAAAAUAGAAAUAAAAAUUACUUUGAACAUACUUAUUUUUCCCCUCAGUUUUUGAGGGCAUUAAAAGGCAUUAAAUCAAGACAAAUCAUGUCCUUGAGAAAAAGAAAUCAAUGGAAACACAGCACUUAUGUUGGUUUAGCUGCUGCCUCCACAGAGGGGUAGGAUUUAUUUAUUUAAAGUUACUGGUUGCAUCAAGAACCCAUAGGGUUUAUAUAUUUCUGUAAAAUCUGCAUCAUAGAGACAAAGAGAUAGGCAAAUCCAUGUCACAAGGGCACAGCUUACCGUUUACAAACUGGUAAUACCAGGAUGGGGAUAUGUUAUAUUUAAAUAAUGCACUCUUAAUGUAAGUCUAAUUACAGGGUGCUGAAAACUUGCAUGGUGCUUUCAGAAGUUAGCCUUGUUCAACAAUUUUCACAUAUUGACAGGAAUAUAAUGUGCAUGGGCAGACAUUUUGCCUCUAUGUCUCUUUAAAAAAAAAUUUAAAAUACUCUUUCCAGUAAUCCUAAUUUGCACGAAGAUAUAAUGUCCACAUUACGUGCCUUGCCUUGAAAUCUAAAAAAUAGAAAAAAAAACAAAAAAAAAAAACCACAAAAAAAUGGACAUCACUACACUUGUUUUGCUGCAUUUAUUAUCAUUUUAAAUCUUUACCAUUUUUAUGACAAAAUAUUUUCUACUCCAGAUGGGAAAAAAAGUGUGACAUCAUGGAUUUUUUAGACAGUUAUACCUUUAUCUCACAUUUAUAAAGCAUAUCAUGGCUGUGUAUAGUUGCCGCUUAAAAAUUGUAAUCGACCAGCAAUAUUUUCAGUAUUUUGGUGUUUUUUCUAUUAAGCUUUCAUGUUUUUCAUCUUCCAAUUAAUAUUGGGGGGAGGGGAUACAAAUUUAUACGACUUAUGCAAUACCAAGUUUUGCCUAUGUAGGUAGUGCUUUUAGCUGUAUUGGUUAUUAUAGUUAAGUACACAGAUUUAAAAAAAAAAAAAAAAAAAAGAAUAAUGUAUGCUUUUUUUGUUUGUUUUAAUUGACCAAAGUGGGUACUGCUAUUUUUGCAGUGUGAUGAGGUCCUUUUCUGUACUGAGAGGUGGACAGGGGAUUUUUUUUUAUACAUACAUAUAUAUAUAUUCUGGGGUGGGUGGGGAGGAUUUUUAACACUUUACAGUGUAGCUGUGAAGCAGUGCACCCUUAGCCAGGCAAGGGCUGCAAAGCGACUGUUCUGCCUACUGUGACAAACCUUCAAAUCGGUUCCCUCUUUUUAACUUCACACCUGGGGUGCAAGCUGAAAUCAUUUCUGGAUUUAAAAAAUAAAUAAUGAAUUCUGUUGGAGGCAGACUUGACUUGAGGAAAUUGUUUUACUUUAAGGUUUUUUUUCUUGAGAAGAGAAAGAGAGAGAGAGAGAGAGAGAGAGGUCAAGACCCACAGUGAGAUGAAGCCUUUUCCAUUCUGGCAAAGAUACUGCAUCCUAAAGUGUUCACGUUAGAAAAAGUUUUUAGCUCAGAAUGACAAAGACGCUUGCUUUGUCUAAGAAAUGCACGUACAGGGCCAAAAUAUCUUUGCUGGCAUAAUUCCACUGACUCCAGUUGACUCCAGAGUUGUUCCUGCAAAGAAUUUGUCUCCCUUAGUCUGCUUGACUGGUAAAAGUUGUCCCCCCCCCCCCCACCUUUUUUUCCCUCUACAUCAAAACAUUCUUCCCCCCCCCCUCAAUUUGUUAACUCACAGCAUCCGAAUUACAAUUUUCAGCCUGCUUAGGCUGUGUCAGAGGUUUGCAAUAUCUUCUCAUACAGCAGGUCAGAGGGACAACUCUGGGCCAUAGUGGGGAAGGAGUUUGUUAAUGCACGGAAUUACACUGUGAUGUAAAUAAAAACAUACUUCCAGUAAAAUCACAUUUUGCAGAUCAGUAGUGGGCCUGUUGCUGGAGACCUUUUAUGCACCAGGAAUCUUUGUGAUGUAUGGCUCAACACAGGGUGAAUUUUUCUGAAAAGUACAUCCUUUUAUUAGGGCGCAGGCAGAGGGGAGUAUAGACUUGUGGAUAUGGGAUAGCCUGGUGGGAAAAUUCAUCCCUUUGCAUUUUGGCGGUUUUCCUACCCUGGAGCAGCCCCGGAGGUGCAGCUCCAGUAACAGCUGCCCCACUGAGUGCUGGGCAGUGGCACACCAAAGUCAGUCCCUUCUGGCUCUGGCCAGCGCGCGGUGGCUAAGGAGCAGUGCUGGUGGUGCAUCCCUCCGUCUCCAGCAGGAGAUGCGUGUGUAGGCAGGGCCUUGAAUGGCUACAGAGACAGGGCCUGUAGAAAGGCAAAUCCUGGAGAUUUAUCUAUAGCUAAACUGAAAAAAAGAACACCCACCCCCCUCAAAAAAGAUAAGACACCAAAAGAAAAUUAAAAUCAACUUUGUGUUGCUCUUUUCCUGAGCCAUGUAGUAAGUGAAUUCAUACACUAAGCACAUGGCUGUUGAUAUUACCAAAAUGUACUAGACCCACCCAGAGUAUACCUCAGCCUCUGGCCUGGUAAAACAAAGUAGGUAUUGUCCUUUCUGCAUGCUCCUGAUACUGAGCAGUUCAGGAGCACAGGGAUUUGCUGGGGGGCUAUCCUUGAUUAGUGCCAUUAGCAAGGUGUCCCCCUUAAGCUUCUAGUAACACACCAGGAUGAAACUGAAACAAGUUCAGGCUUCAAAGCGCAAUAGUCAAAAUGAUUGCCCUUGUAGGAAGAUGGAUGCCCUUAAUAGAGCUUUUUUGUUAUCUCUGACCUCCUGUAUGAAAAAAAUUGAGCUUACUGAUGCAAUAUUUUAGAAAUCAAACCCCUUCCUUCCAUGUGAAUGAAUUGGGUGGUUAAGCAACUGUGGGUUUUUUCCACCUGCCUCUCGAAUAGAAAAGCCUGUUUGGAAGAAAAUGAACUUUUCAUUUAUUGUUGGUUCGGUUUUGGUGGUUUUUUUGUUGUUGUUGUUGUUUUUUUGUUUUUUUUUUUUUUUUUUUUUUAAGCUCAGCAGUCAAAAGAUAAGAUUGAGAACUCAAAUCCAGUCUCUGGCCUCCUCCUUCACCAGGAAGUGUAUUCUGACUAAAUCAAGCCACCCCGUUCUAUGUGCACUGUUCUGCCUUUAUUAAGUUGCUUUGCAGCCCUGGCCUUAUGGCUGUGCCACUGAAGUGUGUUUCCCCUGGAGUGACAUGAACGUUUGAGGCUUGACUAAGAAGAAAAAAAAGGCAGUGAAGGAGACUGUACAUAAAGACAUGGCAAAAAUAUUAAUUAUAGCAAUAUAGUUGUGGGGUGAUGUUCUGGUGGGCAGCUCCAUUGAAAAUAUGUGAAUGAAUUUGUGAAGCUGCAAGUAGCGAGAAGAAAGGAGGAUCUUCUGAAUGAACCGCCUACCUUGUAGACAGUAAUUUGUACACUGUAUAGUUUUGUUAAGAUUUUUUUUUUUUUUAAUUAAAAUACCCUUGUUUGUAAAGCUAACUUUUUAACAAUUAUAAUGGAAAUGCGUGUCAUUUCCAUUUUUAAAGUAAACAAGAAUAUUCCUUGUUUGGAAACUGGACUUGGGUUAAAACUCUCCAGUUUCUUAAUUUAUGUAUUAAAAAAAAAAUCUGUCCAUGUUAGGAGUUAUUUCGCAGAUUCCUGUGCUUGAAAAGCAUAGGUUACUAAUCCUUUAAAAAUGUAAAUGGAGAAAAGUUAUAUUUUAUGAAGGUUAUUUUGUUGUAUUUAGUAUUGGAAAAGUUGGUUUUCAGAGCAUUUCAAAAUGUUGGAAGCACCACUGUCUUUUUAUUAGUAUAUAUGGCCUUUAGCAAAAGUUUUUGUGAUUGUUACAUGAUGGUAUUUAAGAUUAGGUUCACAGAGCAAUUCAGGAUAGGCAGAGAACUAAAACAGUACUUAUGUCUCACAUAGCUGUGUCCUCAGGGAGCAGAAUUUCGGAUUUGCAACUUGUAGCUUCAUAAGGACUUAAUGAAAGAGAUUGCACAAGGACACACUCAACUGUGACACCGGAGUGUGUUCUGUACCUGAAUCUAAAUUAUAUUUACUGUGUGAGAUUAUGAAGGCUGCAGAAAGUUAUCCCAUAUUCAGUGUACAGUAUUCACUUUUAAUGAAACAACUCUCUAAUGUUGCUGGCAGUAAGGCCCCAGGCAUGACAUCCAAUAUAUUUUACAUGAUCCUGUCAAGGUCUUUUGUUAACAUUAACCAGCUGCAUGCUCCUGGACUUUUUUAUUGGGUUUCUAUAGAAAACUUAAAAAAAAAAAGAGAGAGAGAGUAAAAUCAUAUGCAGGCUAAUCAAGUUAAACAGGAAAAGCUCAAAGUUGAAUGUUCCACUCCAUGCUGAAGGAGCUGAAAACUGCCUCCUUCUUAUUUGCACUUUCUGCUAGUUCCCCAGUUUUUUCUAAUUCCUCAAAAUUGUGUGGGUGUGGUGGAGCACUGCAGUUGGAGGAUAACACGGACCACUGAUUUUGCCCUUUAACCCUGCACAAUGACCUUUGCAUCAGCCAAACUUAUUGCCAUGACAACUCUUUGUACUGUUUCCAUGCCACAGCUCUGUUGGUCACAUUGUUAAUAGUAAAGGGGACAAGUUGGAGACGGUCAAUUUUUACAUUUUUUGUUGCAAUUUUUUCUUCAAUGGUUGUAAGUAGUUUGUUUUUUGUUUUUUUUUGUUUUUUUUUUUAAUGAUAAAAGGGUUCACUAGUUAUUACUCUUUAGAAAUAUCUGUGUGUUGCAAUUCAAAUGUAUGUUGAAUUUGUGAAAAGGGCUUCAGUGCCACUAGCAUCAUAACAUCC